AUGGGGCCUCAAGCACGCGGUACCACCGUUCGAGGGACCCGCCGAGCUCAGCUCUGCACGGUCCCUGGGGUGCACCCUCCUCCACCCCCGGGACACUGGCCUCGCCCCCCAGUGUUGGUGGCCUCGCCCCUCACCAACCCUGCUCACACCAUGGCUAUCCCUCGGCCAGCCGGCUCAAUCGUGGGCCCCGCUACCAGUGGAGAUCAACACCGGAUCGCCGGAGCGCCGUCGCCAGCGGAUCGCUGCGACUCUGCGAUCGCUGCGCUGGCGGAGAAGUGA